AUGCGUGUUCGGCGCAUGUCCAGGUCGGAAAUAGGGAUAUCGCUGUUUGGGAAACAGGGAUAUCGCUGUUUGGGGCCGUGUCGGUGCUUCACGUUCUCGGGGGAAACUGUUGGCAUUAUUGGGCUAGGAAGGAUUGGCCAAGCAAUUGCUAAGAGAGCCGAAGGAUUCAACUGUCCCAUAUGCUACUACUCUAGAACUGAAAAAAGAGACUCAAAAUACAAGUACUAUCCAAGUGUUGUAGAACUAGCAUCUAAGUGCGAGAUACUGGUAGUUGCUUGCCCACUAACGGAGGAAACUCAUCACAUCAUCAACAGGGAGGUGAUCAAUGCACUGGGUCCCAAGGGUUAUCUUAUUAACAUUGGACGAGGCAAGCAUGUUGAUGAGGCAGAGUUAGUGCCAGCACUGCUAGAAGGUCGUUUGGGUGGUGCUGGGCUAGAUGUGUUUGAAAAUGAGCCUACUGUUCCAGAAGAAUUAUUCGGGCUUGAAAACGUUGUCUUGUUGCCCCAUGUUGCGGGUUUUUGUCAUCUCUAA